CUUUUGUCAACUUUACAGCUAGCUCGCUCUCACGUCUCAAACCUAUAAGAUGACGCCUCAACGCUUCAUCACUAACAGCUCAAAAAUCAUAAUCCUUUAAGAAAGAGGCCUCUUUUAAGAAGAGCACAUAGCCAUGGAUGACGACAGGCGAAUCUCUUGCAAUACCAGCUUAUCAUUCUCACCGGCGAUGGCCACUGAGGCGGUGGCGCCGCAGGGGAAGAGGAAGCCCGGAGCAGCUAAGGCUGGAUUGCGGGUGAAGAGAAUGGAUUUGGUUGAGGAAGAUAUAAAUGACAGCGCUGAGCAGUUCAUUAAGAGGUUCAGGGAGAAUCUCCUGCUUCAGCGCCUUCAGUCGAUUGAGAAUUACAGGCAGAUGCUCGCAAGAGGUGUCUGAUGUAUCAUGCUUCGUUUCUCUUUUUAUUUUUAUUUUUUAAAUGGCUUGGAUUGUUUGAUGAAUGUAUUAUUUGCUUGAUUUUUUUUUUUCUGUUUUAGGGUGUGGUUUAUUAAGAAAUUGGCGUGCAAGUUGCAUAUUUGUGGCUGGAGUAAAGUGUGAAAAUGGUCAUGGUGUCAUUUCUACAAAAUUCUAAGACUAAAAUAAUCCCAUAUAAACAAUCAAAAACUCUUUUGACAUUUUAUUUUAUUG